AUGUGGACAAUCUCUGCAGUGACGGUGAAAAUGUCUUACCGAAAAGUGAUAAUUCUGUGCUUUACUCUCUUUGCAGCUACAUCUGGGUCCCACUAUGAAGGGGGUAUCAUGACUUUCAGACCCAGGGGGAAAAAUCCUGAUGGAACAUUUACAGUAAGUAAAAAGGGUUGAGUGGAUAAUUAACCAAAAUGAAAAUAAUAUAUUUCUAAUGUACAAUUCUAUCAACUUGUAAAAUCAUUUGAAAUAUUAAGGGUUAAUAGUCACAUGGAAUCUAAUUAUUUAGAAAUGCACGCCAUAUACAUUUUAGUGUUCUAAAAAAGUCGGGUGUUUAGAAGUUAUGUUUUAUAAAAAAAAACAAUGACUACAUUUUAUUACACUUAUAAAAGUGAACCCCAGCAUUUUUCUUCAAACCUUACUUUUGUAGAUUUCGAUUAGCUCCCAGAUAUUUAUGUCAUACUAAUUUGUUUUUUCAAGGCAAAGCUUCUAAAUAGUUUUUCCAAAGAAUUGAUGGCCAAAAAUUGAUUUAGAUAUGUCUGGGGGAAUUUAAGGGAACGCUGUAGGCACCAUAACCACAAAUUGAAGUGCUUAUGGUGCCUGUAGUCUAUGGGCCCCCCGUCCCACAUCACUGCUGAAUGAUUUACUCACCAAUUAGCAGAAUUGUUCAGUCCCAAGCAGCGUGCAUCCCAGCGUCCAAUAAUGAUAUAUCAGAGGCAAAGCAAUGCUUCCACUUCACACCAUACCAAUGCAUACCAGGGAUUGCAGCAGUGAUUGGCUGGGAGUAGUCAGCCGACCCUCUUAGCCUAUCACUGCCCUCUACUGAUGGUAUGGUGUGAGGCUUGGCAUAUAGACUUUCGUCAUUGAAGGCCAAGCUGCAGGAUGCCAAGGACCAAGGUUCUCUGCUUAACCAUGCGUAAAUCAUUAAGCAGUGAUGUGGGACCCAGUGCUCACAGAUGCCAGGCUCAAUAACCACUUGUCAGCUGAAGUGGUUAUUGUACCUACAGUGUCCCUUUAACAAUGUUGCUCACAGAUACAUGUGUAAAAGUUCUAAAUGUUCAAUCGCCAUGGGAACCAAUAAAGUAGACAGUGGUAAAACUUCAAGAUGUCUUCAAAAACUCAAUAUUAUAACUAUGUCCAUUGUCCGAUCCAAUAAUCUUCAGCAAAACUUCUAGAAAUGAAUUUUGCUUGUCUGUAGCUGUCAAAUGUAAGCACCUUAUUUUAAAUGAAUAUCAUGAUUAUUUUUUAUUCUGUGAGAUGAAUAUGAAAAUGCAUUUUGUAUUACAUAGAAGAUAAGAUAAAAAAAAAAUGUUUUUAUGAUGCUAGGGGUACUCUGGUGCCCUUCUCUCGAUGUAAGUAGUCAAACCAUUUUAGGAAAGUUUGAUUUCUUACCUGGGGUGCACCAGAGUCCACACCCCACCUCCACUACAUCAGGGACAGAGCUAAACCCAGCAGUGCUUGGUUUAGUCAUUGGCUGAGAGAGAUCAGCUACACAGAAAGUCCCACUUAGGAAUGUUGGACUCUUAAUCAGAAGUAAUGGAGGAUGGGAGCAGCGCCCGAUGUACCCAGAUAAAUGUCAAAGCAUUUAGGUCAGUGUAGACUAGGGUACAGAUAAGUCUUUUAACGUAGAUGGAAAAGGGAAUUUUGGAAUAUCUUUUAGGUUAAUGGUGCUCAACAAAAAUAGAUACUGUAAUAAUGAUAAAGAAAUAUAAACAUAUAACAUGCAUUUCUCUUAGGUGGACAUCAGGUUUAAAUCUGGAUUUGACUCUAGCUCUGCCAGUGAACUUAGCUGGAGUUGCUCAAGUGGCAGUUGUGGAUCUAUUACUGAGAGACGUUCUGGACUUGUGGAUGAUAGCAGAUAUGCAACACGAUGGUCCCAAACUGAAAGUUACAAUGUGAGGCGUGUAUCCAGCGAUAAGCCGUUUCAACUCAGGUAAACUAGAGACUCUUUAUUUUAUUUUUUAUAUUUAUUAAUUUUUAUUUUGUUAUCAACAUUACCAAAAACAGAAGAAACAAAUAUCGACGUAAUAAAUUCAUAUAGAUCUAGUACAGAGAUAAGUCGAAUCUAUGGCAGUGUACUCAUGCCAAACAGAGACAAAAUCCUCCUCCAAAAAAUGUGGACCUACAUAAUUGAGGACUGCAAACCUUGGGCUCAUCGUCGGGGUGCAACAGUUUCAGUAUAUCCAAGGGAACUUCUGUUUUAUUAGGAGAUUUUGAAACUAAUUCUCUUAAACCUCUAAGUCAUCGUUAAAGGACCACUCUAGGCACCCAGACCACUUCAGCUUAAUGAAGUGGUCUGGGUGCCAGGUCCAGCUAGGCUUAACGCAUUCUUUUAUAAACAUAGCAGUUUCAGAGAAACUGCUAUGUUUAUGAAUGGGUUAAGCCUUCCCCCAAAUCCUCUAGUGGCUGUCUCAUUGACAGCCACUAGAGGUGCUUGCGUGAUUCUCACUGUGAAAAUCACAGUGAGAGCACGCAAACGUCCAUAGGAAAGCAUUGAUAAUGCUUUCCUAUGCGACCGGCUGAAUGCGCGUGCAGCUCUUGCCACGUGUGCGCAUUCAGCCGACGGGGAGGAACGGAGGAGGAGAGCUCCCCGCCCAGCGCUGGAAAAAGGUAAGUUUUUCCUCCUUUCCCCCUUCCAGAGCCGGGCGGGAGGAGGACCCUGAGGGUGGGGGCACCCUCAGGGCACUAUAGCACCAGGAAAACGAUUAUGUUUUCCUGGCACUAUAGUGGUCCUUUAAUAUACAGUAAGUUUUUACUUUCCGUAUGUACUAUCCAGCGUUGCCAUAAAUCUUGAUAUGAAACUGACUUGCCUGAUGUAGUAGUACAGUUACAUUCCAUUAUAUACUGAUAUUCUAUUUGGUUUAAAAUUUCUUGCCAUAGUGGAGGAACAGUCGAUUUCCAGUGACAAGCUAUAGUAAUCUUCAAAGCAUAAAGAAAAUGUGUAAUUAAAUAUUUACAUUUUUUUUCCAUUACCCCUUUAAGGACAGAGCUUCAAAAGCUUGUCUUUAACUUAAUGACAACAGCAUUUUUUUCAUUUUUUGCUGUUUGCGUUCAACUGCAAUUUGCAUUUUACUAAUUUAUUGCACCGACACAUAUUAUACCGUUUUUUAAAGGACAGAAAGGGCUUUAAUUUGAUGUAACAUAUAUAUAUAUAUAUGUAUAUAUAAAUAUUUUGUGUUUUGUUUUUACAGUUUUUGCAAUAAUAAUGUGUGCACAAUUAGUGCAGGUUAAGGAAAGUAAUUAAAAAUAAAUUAAUUUAGUUGUUCCGAUUUACAGAAUAUAUAAUGUGUCUGGGAUUUUAAGUUUGUUUUGGUAGUUACAGGUCACAAAGCACAAGGAGUAAAAUAAACUUUUAAUGUGGAGCGAUUUUAGAAUUUGAUAUGUUUGUCUUGUAAGCUUAAUAGCCAUAAAAGAAAACAAAAUUGCCACACAAAAGUAUAUAUUUAUAUAAAGUAGACAUCACGGGCUAUUUACCUAAGGUUGUUUUGACACUUUCUACGUAGCCAUUUCACCGCCAACUUCUGCUAAAUAUUGGAGUAAAAUUGUGUGUGUGGUUUUUUUUUGUUUUUUUUUUUGGUUUUUGGCACACAAACUUAUAACAGAGAAAUUCUCAUGUAUAUUUUGUAAAGUUGGUGUGUGCUAUUCCUGUACAAAGGUUUUUUUUUAUUUUGUGUUCAGUUACAUCUGCUGAGUAAAAUGACACCCCCAUUGUAUGUCUAUAUGCCAAAGUAUGUGGUAAAAAAUAAUUUUGUGCGUUUUUUACAUACGGAUUGCAUUUUUGCAGGGCAUUUUGUAUAUUUCAUAUGUGCCUUCAAACCUCCCAAAUUAUGCUCAGCUAAGUCUGAGUAAAAAGACACCCCCAAUGAAUGUCUUUGGCACAAUUACGUGAAGCUACAGUGUCAUAUAGGAGACCAAGCCAUAUCAGUUUUUACCGAACUUUGAAUUUUGUGCAAUUUCCAAGCAUCUUCGCAGGUUUUAAAUUCAAACUACCCCACAAAAAGUAUUUCAAAAGGUAUAUUUUGAACCUUAGCGUGGGAUCAUUUAUCCGCUAUCUUGUACCAGGUGUAGUGGUAAUAAGCGUUUUUUCUGCCUUUUUGACAUACAAAGUGAGUUUGCACAGUAUAUUUUGCAAACCUUAAGUGUGCUACCACUGUAUAAUACUUCAUAUGUUGCUCAGCUAUGUGGUCUGAGUACAGCAAUACCCCCGUAUGUACCUUUGCCAGGUAUAUGUGGAUGUUGAAGGGGCACAUUUGAGACGCAGCCAUUCAGUUUUUUUCUAACUUUGAAGUUUUGCGCUGUGUCCAUGUUCCAAUUUGGAGUAGUUUAGACGGUUGGUUAUUGAAACUUCCCCACAAACACAUACUAUUUAUUAACCCCUUAAGGACCGAGGACGGUUCAGGACCGUCAUCGGCAUUUUUGCGUUGCCGACCGAUGACGGUCCUGAACCGUCCUAACGGUCUGGGGGUACUUACCUGAUCGCCGUCGUUCCCCCGGCGGCGAUCAGUGUUCCUCCGGUUGUGGGGAGACUGCCUGCAGCCCAGACAGUCUCCCCACGGCAGAUUGGGACCCCUGUGGCCAUGUGAUCGCUCAACACAGCGAUCACAUGGUCACAAUAGGUGUCCAUGUGUCUGCCUGCAGGGGGACUGUCUGUGCUGACAGGCAGUCUCCCUGCUUGUGUAAAAUCAAAAAUAAAAAUAAAGUUAGUGUUAAUUAAAAAAAAUAAAAUAAUUAUAUAUGUGUAUAUAUGAUAUAUAGACAUAUAUUAUACCUAUAUAAUAUAUGUCUAUAUAUCAUAUAUAUAUAAUGUCAUACUAAGUGUAUUUUUAUAUUAUUAUGUACUUAUAUUAAUAUAAAAAUACACUUAUAAUUAAAUUACACACGUAUAUAUAUAAUAUAUAUAAUAACUAUAUAGAUUGUAUAUAUAUAUUAUUAUAAAAUAUAAAUAAUAAGUAAUUUAAAUUAAAUAAAAAUUUUUUAAAAUAAUAAUAAAAAAUUAAAAAAAAAUUAUAUAGCUAUAUGAAAUUUUAUUCUAACUGUAUUUUAAAACUAAUAUAUAUAUAUUUAUAUCAAAAUACACUUAGAAUGAAUUUGUAUAUAUAUCUAUGUAUAUAAAAAUAAAUAAAAAUAAUAAGAAAUAUACAUACGUCCAUAUACAAAAUUACAUAAAUAAUUAUAUAAAUAUAUACGUAGACUUCAAAUAUAUAAAUAUGCAUAUAUAUUUAAAUUCUACGUGCGUAUUUAUGUAAUAUUUUUACAUAAUUCAGUAAUUUUAUUGAUUGCAAUUUGAGGACCUGCCUGCCAACCCAGGCCGAAAUUCCAGAGAAUUUAAUUUGCUAGCACUGUAUUUUACCCUGUAACGUUCUACGACACCCUAAAACCUGUACAUGGGGGGUACUGUUUUACUCGGGAGACUUCGCUGAACAAAAAUAUUAGUGAUUCAAAACAGUAAAACAUAUCACAGAGAUGAUAUUGUCAGUGAAAGUUACUUUUUUUGCAUUUUUCACACACAAACAGCACUUUUACUGAUGAUAUAAUUGUUGUGAUACGUUUUCCAGUUUUUAAACACUAAUAUUUGUGUUCAGCGAUGUCUCCCGAGUAAAACAGUACCCCCCAUGUACAGGUUUUAUAGCAUUUUUGAAAGUUACAAGAUCAAAUAUAUGGGUCAAAUAUUUUUUUUUUUUUUGGAAAAUCAUUUUUAUUCGUGAGUAGAAAUAAUGCAUUUCGGGCUCGCAGGCCCAAGUCAUCAUAAAAACAUGAAAGUACAAUGGAUAAGCAGUUGACUACUACAUUGAGAUUUCAAUGAAGGAGGGGAUCAGUUACAGUUCAAGUGGUCGCUCACGUCCAAUGCCCAUAGUUAGGUGAGUGGUUGUGUCAAUUAAGUUAUUGAGAUGUGUGAAGGUAUUAGAAACGCGUAUUUGGGCUAGGCCCGUGAGAGGUAGGUCAAUGUGAGUGUGGUGGAAACCAUAUAUUGUCUGAGGUGAUCUGUGUGCCUGUGUGUAGGUGAGUAUAUCACAUUUCGGGCUCGCAGGCCCCAUUUGUCAUACAAGCAUGAAGAGACAAUAAAUAAACCGAAGAUAUCUGUAACAAAUUUUCAAUGAGGGCGAGAGUCAAUCAUCGUUCCCCUAUACGCUCAUAUCAGUGCCCUUAGUUAGAUGUGCUGUUGACUCUAUUAAGUCGUUGAGUUAUGUGAGUAUAGGAGCCUCGCACAGUCGGGCUAGGCCCAUAGGUGACGGGGCAGCGUAAAUGAAAUGGGGUCCGUAUAUUGCCAAAGGUGCUAUAUGUGUUUAUAGUGUAUUUAUAGGAGUGGCAUCGAUAAGGAUGGGGAGGUGGAUAACCUGUAGUUAUGCGUGGCCCUAGUAUAUAUAAGUGGGUGAUGUGGGUUCAUCGUAGAAAGAGUUGUUCAGAUUAUGAUGUGGCGUGGGAGGUGUGUAGUGGUGAGCGAUGAGGCGAGUGUGCGGGGAGAUGGGUGGGGGUGUAAAUCCAAGGCUGCACUGCACGCCCAUCGUCCACAUUAGCAGUUAUCCAGCGUGUCCUCGUCGUGUAGUCCAUCAAGGUCCCCUAACCGUGGCUCUGAUUCCAUGCAGUAGUCGGAGAGGGUCGGGGGGAGGGGGGAGGGGUCAUGUGCAGGACAGCCGUAUCCCUGUUUAUAUUUAUGUAGUGGGGUGUCAUUCAGAUUCGUCAGCUAUUCCUUUGAGGGUAUGUCUCCCUUGUGGGUCCACAUGGUCACCCGUUUGUCUCAGUCGGCAGUGCCUUCAGAGUCAUUCCCCCAACUUAGAGAGACGCGCGGUAUACGGUUGAACGUUGCCACCUCCAGCCGGCCAUCACGGAGCGCAUCACCCGCCAUAGACGCGUCGCCCGGCAAGCACCCCCGCCCGGCCCCCCCCUACCGCCGCGCGCGGAAGGUAAACCAUGGAGUCCAGAGUUCAGCACACUUCGGACCCCUGCCCAUCUGCUCCGCUUGCAUAGCUUCAGCCGCUCUAAUAUCCUCAACUCGAUGGAUCCAUUCUUCUCUGGUAGGGAUAUCUGUCUUUUUCCAGUAUACUGGUACGAGUGAUUUAGCAGCGUUUAGGAGGUGCCGCAAGAUGGAUUUUUUAUAUGUAGAUAGUGGUUGUGUGGAGAUGUGGAGUAAGAUUAGCUCCACCGACCAGGUGAUGUCCCCCAAAAUCUGACAGAUGUCGGAUUUGAUCUGAUCCCAAUAUGGGCCAAUAUGCUUACAUUCCCACCAGAUAUGUAUAAGUGUCCCCCUUUCUUCCUGACACCUCCAGCACGUUGGGGAUGUGUUAGGGAAAAGUUUGUGAAGCAAUACCGGCGUUCGGUACCACAUGGAGAGUAGUUUGUAGUUAACUUCUUGGUAGCGGGAGCUAGAGGAGCUUUUGUGUUGCCAUAUCAACGCCUUGUCCCAUUGUGUAGGGGUGAACGUGGUGUCCAUUGCCCGCUCCCAUUGACGUUGGAAAGUGUUGUUCUCCGGGGUAGUUCCAGACAGCAGGUGUUGGUAGAGGUGUGAGAUGGCUUUCCCAAGAGAGGUGCCGCGAGAGCAGGCGUCUUCAAACCAUGUCAGGUCUCUGUGCAGUCUGUCCCGGUGUGGGAGGGAGUUGUAGUAAUGUCGUAGCUGCAUGUAUCGGAAGGUCGCCAUAUGGGAUCGUGGGCGUGAUGCUAGCAGCUCGUCUAGAGAUUUUAGUUCACCAUCCCGAGUGACUUUGUAGAUUGGUAUAUAAUCCUCUCCACCCAAAAACGCCCAUGCUUCCGUCGAUGGUCCGCCUCCAAUAUUGGGAUUGUGCUGGAUCGGGAGUAAGGGACAGGGGGUCGGGGACACCUGAGGCAUUUCUCUGAGUGUUUCCCACGCUAGUAAUGUUUCAGCCACCGGUCCCUCCUCUCCCCUCCUGCUGCCCCUGGUUGUUCUCCUCAGCCAAACCGCUGCCUUUAGUUUUGCAGCCUCUCCCAUCCGAUCCAAAGUUACCCAUUGUUUACUCGUAUCUGUUUCGUGCCAUUCCAGGAUCCUUUGUAGGACUGUUGCCUGGUGGUACUUUUUAAAAUCUGGUAGGGCUAGGCCCCCUCUGUGUCUUGGUAAGCAUAGGAUGUCAUGGCGUAGCCUGGAUCGUUCCCCCCUCCAGACAUAUUUUAUGACCGCUGAUUUCAAGGUCGAGAAAAAUAAUGCCGGCAGGGUUGUUGGUAUAGUCUGAAAUAAAUAUAGGAUCCUAGGAAGAACGUUCAUUUUUAAGACUGCUAUACGGCCAUGCCAAGUGAUGUGGGGGUAGGACCAUCUCGUUAGGUCUGUUUCGAUGUUUUUCAGCAGUGUUUCGAAAUUACAGUGGUAUAUUCCCUGGGGGUCUGUGGUGAACCAGAUGCCAAGGUAUUUCAAUGCCUCUGUGCACCAGCGAAAUGGAAAAAGUGGGCCGAGGGCUUCAUAUUCUGCUGCGGGUAUGGUGAUAUUCAGGGCCUCACAUUUUGCCAGGUUGAGUCGAAACCCCGAUAUGCGGCCAAACCGUUCUAUUUCUGAGAGUAUGCAGGGCAAAGUGAUCCGAGGUUGGGAGAUGAAGAACAGGAGGUCGUCCGCGUAUGCGGCUACCUUGUGCUCAGUGUCUUGCCAAGUGUAUCCGUGGACAUUCCGGUUGUCCCGUAUUGCCUGUAGGAGUGGCUCCAGUGACAGUGCAAACAGGAUUGGCGAUAGGGGACACCCCUGUCUGGUCCCGUUCGUGAUCCCAAAGCUCGUGGUGAGUGCGCCAUUAACUCGCACUGCUGCCCUCGGUGUGCUGUAUAGAGCGGUGAUCCAAGCCAUGAUCCGUUGUCCAAAGCCCAUGUAUCGGAGUGUCUGAAACAUGUAUGCCCAGUUGACCCGAUCAAAGGCUUUCUCUGCGUCAGUCGACAACAGCAAUAGAUGUUUUCGGUAUUUCCGCGCGUGGUGUUGUAUUGAGAAUAGGCGUAGGGUGCUGUCCCGUGCUUCCCGUCCCGGGAUGAACCCCGUUUGGUCCACAUGGAUAAGGCUCGGGAGGAUCCGUUGGAGUCUAGUUGCUAACACCUUAGUUAACAACUUAGUAUCCACAUUUAGCAGAGAGAUUGGCCGAUAGUUACAGCAUUGUUCUGGGUCUUUCCCUGGCUUAAGCAGGACAGUUAUGGUCGCAGUCAGGGACUCGAUGCCAAAACGACCGCCCUCCGAGACUUCAUUAACCGCCCUUGUCAGCCGCGGUAAGAGCGCCGUGGCGAAUUGUUUAUAGUACCCCGAGGGGAAUCCGUCGGGUCCUGGGGCGCGUCCAUUUUUAGUGUGUUUCAGGGCAGCGGCGAGAUCUUCCGUGGUAAGUGGUUCGUCGAGGAAGGAUGCGGCGUUUGGAUCUAUUCGUGCCCGCACGGUGUCCUGGAUGUAUGUUUGUACAUGAGGUGGUGCCUCCCCGUCUGGUGCCUGAUUCCCUGGUGGACGGAGGUUAUAGAGGGAUUCAUAGUACGCCCUGAAUUCGUCUGCUAUGUCUUCUGGGUAUGGGGACACUCUGCCCGAGGUUAAGCGCAACUUUCGUACUUGAGUUCGUGGUGUGUCGCCUUUCAGUAAGCGGGCGAGGAAUUUCCCGCCCUUAUUCGCAUGUGCGUAGAAAAAGUUCUUCGAGCGUUGGAGCGAGCGUUGAUAUCGCUUCGUGAGGAGAGUGUUCAGGGUGCGCCUAGCUUCCAUUAAUUCACCAUACUUCUCGGUGAGCUGAGAUCGUUUGUGUUGGAGUUCCAAGCGUUUAAUGGUGUCGUAUACGUCUGCCAUUGCACUGGUCGCUUCCUUUCUCUUGCGAGUUGCGAGACCUAUGAGUAUGCCACGUAUGACACUCUUGUGUGCCUCCCACACCGACACAGACGACAUCCCUUCCGUCUCGUUCUCCGUGAAGUAUGAAGUCAGCGCUUGGGAAAUCUCUUCUUUUACCGUAGGAUCUUGAAGUAAUGAUUCAUUAAGACGCCAUGACCAGGUGGCUGGCUUGAACAGUGGGGAUUCCAACUCAAUCCGGACCGGACCGUGAUCCGACCACGUGGCUGGUUCGACAGUUGCCGACCGUAAGCGGGACAGUCCAGCUUGUUUGAUAAGGACAUAGUCUAUUCGGGAGUAGCGAUUGUGCAGCGCCGAGUAGUGUGUAUAGUCCCUGUCGGCGGGAUGGAGUGUCCUCCAGCAGUCUACCAGGGAUAGCUCACCUAGUGCUUUGCGGAUAGAUCGGAUGUGGGUUUGCGAGAUGCAACUGUGACCGGUGGAGGAAUCUAGCAGAGGAUCCAACGGAGCGUUGAAGUCUCCUCCCACUAUCAGAGCUCCUUCCGAGAAUCCGCGGAGCUUGUUCAGUGCCCCACGUAAGAACUGUGCUUGUUUUGAGUUGGGAACGUAUAUGGUCGCGAGAGUGUAGAUCCUGUCCGCAAUCAGUCCCUUCAGGAAGAGGAAGCGGCCUUGGGUAUCUGCCAAUCUGUCCAUUUCCCGGAAGCCUAACUCCGCGGCCAGCAGGAUCGCCACUCCCGCGCGUCGGGUGGUCGGGUGAUCGUUGCAGUAACUCACUGGAUAAUGAGAGUUUCGGAGUUUGGGGGCUGCGUCGGCUCUGAAAUGAGUCUCCUGGAGCAUCGCUAUGGAUAUGCGUUUGCGGUGCAGGGAUCUCAACAGAUGCGAGCGGCGUUCCGGGAUAUUUAAGCCUCUGCAGUUGAGAGUCAUGAUGGACAGGGGUGUGCGAGUAUAUGCCAUGGGACUUCUCGUGAUCGGGCGCACAGAACCGCGGAGGGAGGAGUCGUGCGGCGCACGAGCCGAGCCCGACCGCAAGAUAGGUGGAUUGAUGGCCCGCUAUGAGGCGCGGCCCCACGGGAACGUCGCGCAGCUCCGCUUGGGAUAGGUGUGUAGGAGUCCCGUCAGAGCCAGCUACUGUCAGGUAGUCGGUUGGAUAUCGUCUUUCGUUAGACGUAUGACGUUUGAACGUGCAACGCAGCCUCGGGGGGAAGUAUGUGUGUAUGUGUGGUGUGUGUGUGAGUGGGGUAGGGGUAUGGGGUCUGCAAUGUGGCUGUAGUUCGUAAUUAAGGUUUUUUGUUUAAUAAAAAUAAGGGUGAACCGCGUGGGUCACCCCUUCGGGUGUCGUCCCUCUCGGGGUUUGGAGAGGUGGAGACCCCGAUAUCUCCCUGAAAGGAGGGUCACUUGUGUCACAGCAGGAGUGGCCUGGUGUCACCCCGAUAACCUGAUCGGUGAGUGAACGUACCUGUGGCUCCGCUGGAGAUCCUACACAAGUGUAAGUGUAGGGUAGUGGUCGUAGUCGAAACCAGGAAAGAUGCAGUUUGUAUAUUGUAUGUACUGUAAGUAUGGAGUUGUCCCGCUCCAACCAGGUCCCGGCCCAAGUGCGGAUAUACAUGGGAGGUGUGUAUUAGCAGAGAGGUAAACAUAGUGUGAACUAACAAACUAAUAAAUCAGGUGUGCAAAGUCUAAACAUGGAUGAAAAUAACCAUCAAUAGCGAAUAUCACCAACUUCCCAUGUGUGCCCCGCCGUCCCGUCUGCCACAGUGCCCAUCCCCGGUAUGUGCCUCAUAAGGCAAUCGUGACCCUUCACCAGCUAUCAGAGUCCAACUGACCAAGUUAUGCCAGCUGGGCCUAACCAAGGGUAUGAGCUGUCGCCCCUUAAUCCUUUAUGUCUUGCUCCAUGUGGGUAUACGUCAGGACCAUUAUGCUAUGUAUACUGCUCGGGUCAGUCUGUGACUGCAGUGGUAGUCUGUGGUGUUUUUUUUUUUUGUCGUUAGCUGGCUGCGUUGUGGGUUGGGGUAGAGAGGAGGGUCAUCUGUGGCUAAAAUGUAGGUUUCUAAUUUAAUGAAUUUUUUUUUUUUUUUUUUAACAAUAUAUAUAUAUUUUUUUUAAGAAACCAGAAAGAGGGUCCCUACCUGUCGCCGUCGCCUAUAGCUACCCCCCACCCCAUCCAGGCUGUCCCACCAACCUGUCGUUAGCUUCAUUACCGACUCUGAUUCCCAGCAUAGUACAUUGCCCUGACCCCGCAAAUCACAUUGCAUGACACCAGUAUAGGCAGCAAAUGGUACACAACCAACAGUCUCACGGUAGCAUAUUAAGGCAAGAUACUUAUCGAGGAGGGUGGAGGGUAGAAGUCCAGUGUCCCAACAUAACAGGCAGUCCAAAACCAGGAGUGUCAGCGAGUGGACCACAGGGGCUAGCUUCUCCAUAGGUUUAGGUAGGAGGGAGGGCCAGUUGCAGCUGGAGUUCACAUUUCUUACCCCCCUUGUUCCCACCACCCAAGUUGCUAUCUGGUAUCCCCCUAUAUUGUAACUUGAAGCAGGGUCAGCAAAUGUAAAAUUAGAGGAGGGGAGCACAAAUAUGGCGUAGCAAUGUCAGUAGGACUAAAGGGGUCAACUUCUAGCGACAUCCGGGCAGUCUCCCGAGGCUAGGCCGGGCAGAGGUAGUCUAGCGGGCUGAUACUUGCGGGGCUGCGGGCGUUACUCAUGAAUAUUCCGUCCAGGGGGUUCUGGUGGAGAUCUCCCCCUCCGUCGGCGGGGUGCUCGUUGUGGUCUCGGGCCUGCGUCCAGAGGCCCCAGGAUCCAGUCGUGCACCUGUACGGGCGGGAGGCCCAAAUCUUCUAGGAAUCUUGGAACCUCGUUCGGUCCACGUAGUGACACCCAUCCAUUUUGAUGUCGAGCUGACAGGGCAAAAGGGAAGCCCCAUUUAUAGGGGAUGUUGCGUUCCCGAAGAAGUGAGGUAACAGGUCUCAGGGCCCUCCUGGCUUCCAGCGUAACCGGCGACAAAUCGUUGAAUAAUGAUAUUUGCGCCCCUCGGUAUUCCCAUGUGGGUCGGUUUCUGGCAGCUUUCAUAAUGGCAUUUUUUACGGAGAAUGAAUGGAGACAACAGAUAAUAUCUCGGGGGCCAUCUUCUACGGAGCGGGGUCUUAAGGCCCUGUGGGCCCUGUCAUAUCGGAUUUCCAUCAGGUCAUCUCCAGGUAGUAUUAGGCUGAAGAUGGCCGUUAGAGAGCUUUCGAUAUCUUCGUCCCCUUCUGUCUCUGGGACGCCGCGCACCCUUAUGUUGCAGCGGCGUCCGCGAUUGUCGAGGUCCUCGACUGUUCUGCGGAGUUGUAGUAUUAGGUCACCCUGUCUGGCUAGUGCUGUGUCAGUGGAUGCCAGCCUGGCUGUGUAGGUCUCAUGUGAAUGUUCCACAGCUUGUAUACGGUGUACCUGUGCGGUUACCUCCGUCCGGAUGCCUGCAAUUUCGGCCCUUAGUGCAUCCUGAAUGGUGGUGGUAAGCACCAGGAGAUCGGCUUUUGUGGCCAUGGAGGCCGCAAUGGUGCGGAGUUCCUCUCCGAUGCCUUCCAGGGUUGAGGCAGAGGGAGCUCCAGGUACGGCGGAGGUGGGCGCCAUCUUGGAUCCCGAGGCCUCGCCACGUGUAUCUGCGGUGUUAUGCAGGUAUUCGUCCAUCGGACCUUGCGACUGGCUCAGUUGGGGGCCCCUGGGGGUCCUAGGAGGUUCACCUUUGCGGGUGCGUCCCAUGGAAGCUAAAAUAAGCCGUUUAGUAGGGCUUUACAGGGACUGGUGGAGCGGAGCGAUCAGCUUAUGCUUCCAUCUCCGUCGACGUCCAAGCCACGCCCCCCGGGUCAAAUAUUUUUACAUUGAAAAUGGCCAGGUUGGUCACGUUGCCUUUGAGAGCGUAUGGUAGCCCAGGAAUGAGAAUUACCCCCAUGAUGGCAUACCAUUUGCAAAAGAAGACAACCCAAGGUAUUGCAAAUGGGGUAUGUCCAGUCUUUUUAGUAACCACUUGGUCACAAACACUGGCCAAAAUUAGCGUUCAAUUUAGUUUUUUUACUUUUUUCACACACAAACAAAUAUGAAUGCUUACUUUGGCCAGUGUUUUCGACUAAGUGGCUACUAAAAAAGACUGGACAUACCCCAUAUUGAAUACCCUGGGUUGUCUACUUUAAAAAUAUGUACAUGUGGGGUGUUAUUCAGAGAUUUAUGACAGAUAAUAGUGUUACAAUGUCACUAUUGAUAAAUUUUAAAAUGUAUGUUUUGAAACCGCAAUAUCCUACUUGUACCUAUAGCCCUAUAACAUGCAAAAAAAAGCAAAAAAGCACGUAAACACUAGGUAUUUUUAAACUCAGGACAAAAUUUUUAAUCUAUUUAGCAGUUUUUUUCAUUCGCUUUUGUAGAUGAGUAAAAGAUUUUUCAAGUAAAAGUAAAAAAACAUGUAUUUUUUUCAAUUUUUCAUCAUAUUUUUUUAUUUUUUUUUAAUUAAAAUACAUGAGAUUAUAUAAAUAAUGGUAUGUAAAGAAAGCCCCUUUUGUCCUGAAAAAACAAUAUAUAAUUUGUAUGGGAACAGUAAAUGAGAAAGCGGAAAAUUACAGCCAAACACAAACACCACAAAAGUGUAAAAAUAUUCCUGGUCGCAAAUGUACAACAUCGCAAAAACAGUCCAGUCCUUAAGGGGUUAAAGAAUACACUCUGGGGUAAUUCAAAAGGCAUAUUUUGAACCUUGGCGUGGGAUAAUUUUUUCUCUAGUUUGUUCCAGGUGUAGUGGUAAUGAGCGUUUUUAAAUGUAUUUUUUAACUUUUUUAAACUUUUUAAAACUAGUUUUUAAACUUUUGUUUUGCUUAUUAAUUUUUUUAAACUUUCCUAAACUUUCUUAAAACCUUUUUUUACACAUUUAAAAUUUUUCUAAGCUUUUCUUUUUACCGUUAACCCCUAACUAGCAGUAAGCAGCACUAACAGUAAAUUCCACAUUUCCCCAUAACUCCCACCCACCCCAGCUAGCAAAAUAUAAUAAUUAUAAAAUAUUUUAAUUAGUUAAUUAAAUAAAUUGAACCCCUGAGGGUUAAAAAAUAAAUAAAAGUUAAUCGUCAGGGGUUAAAAAAAAUUAGAUUUUGAUCACUGUAGGCAGUGAUCGACUGGCAGGGGAGGGGUUAAUUUUUAUUUGGACUGGCUAAAGGGGGGUGUUUUUUUUAUUUUUUACUUAAACAUUAUUAAAACUUUUUUAACUUAAUUUUGAACUUUUUAAAGCUUAUUUUAAAACUUUUUUUAACGUUAACCCCUAGUUAGCCUAACACCAAUCCCCCAAUUCCCCACUAACUUCCACCCACUCCAGCUAGCUAAAUUUAUCAUUUUAAAAUACUUAAAUUAAUGAAUAAAAUAAAUUUAACCCCUGAGGGCUAUUUUUUUUUUUUUUUAACUCUCAGGGGUUACAUUUAUUUUAUUAAUUAAUUUAAGUAUUUCAAAAUUUAAAAAAAAAAUCAGAUCAUAGUAAAAUGUAAUCCCUGCCAAUUGAUCACUGUAGCCAGUGAUCAAUUGGCAGGGAAGGGGUUAUUUUUUUUAUUAAAAUGGGUAAAGGGGGUGGGAUUUUAAAUUAACUUUAUUUAUUUUUUUUAACAUGGGGCAGGAUCAUCACUGAACCGUCUCCCUGCACUUCACACAGAACCAGGAAGUGCAGGGAGGCGGAAGAUAAGUAUGCUGUCAGAGCGAGCACAUGUGCUGGGGCAGCCUGAUCGGGUGCUCCCGGUCUGCCUCUAAUACAGAGGCAGACUGGAGCACCAUUAACCCCGCGAUUGCGGCGAUCUGGGGUUAAUUUUACCGCGUGACGGACAAGGUCUGUCACUCAUCUUUAAGGGUUUCCCCUGAGUGACGGACCUCGUCCGUCACUCGUCAUUAAAGGGUUAAUGGAAAAUCUAAAUUAAAUAAAAGUAGCGAAGGUGUGAGAAUUAUUAUCUCUUGAGUUAAGUCUAAAAUCAGAGAAGACAUAAGCAUCUGAAUAUCAUUUAGUAUCUCACAGCUAAACCAAAUAUGAAAUAUUGUACCAGUCUCUUUAUGACAUCUCCAGCAUAUGGGUGGAUAAGCUUCAUACAUUUUAUGUAGUUUAGAAGGGACCAAGUACCAUCUAUACAAGAUCUUUAAAGGACAAACUCGUUUUCCUGGCACUAUAGUGUUAAUAGGUCCCCCCCACCAUCAUGGCCCCUCCCACCGGGCUCAAGAGGGGUUAAACACUUACCUCCCUCGGCACUGGGGACUCUCCUCCCUCUUCCGGCGUCAUCUGCCGAAUGCCCAUGCGCGGCAAAAGCCGCGCGCUCAUUCAAUCAGACCAUGGAAAAAGCAUUUCUCAAUGCUUUCCUAUGGACAUCCAGCAUCUUCUCACUGUGAUUUUCACAGUGAGAAGCACGGAAGCGCCUCUAGCGGCUGUCAAUGAGACAGCCACUAGAGGCUGGAUUAACCCUAAUGUAAACAUAGCAGUUUCCCUGAAACUGCUAUGUUUACAGCUGCAGGGUUAACCCUAGAUGGUCCUGGCACCCAGACCACUUCAUUGAGCUGAAGUGGUCUGGGUGCCUAUAGUGGAGCUCUAGCAAAGAUAUACAAUGAAUGUAUUUUUUAAUUGAACUGUGGUACAGUACCAUUCAUAAGGGGUAUGGUUGAUAUUAAGAUCCUUUUCCCAUUUCACUAUUAGUAUUUUGUCCACGUCUCCCCCCCACCCCCACCUUAUAUAGGUUUAAAGGAUUGGGAUAUCAUGCCCUUUGUAUCUACGCUAUCUAAGUAAUCAAAGAUAGGGUGUUCUAUUGUAACCUGUUUUGAGGUAAACUAGACUCUUACAAACAAAUUUCCUUUGUGACACAAUGUAUUGUUGAAGUUUACAAAACAUUCUGUUGUAUGGUUUAGUUUUGUCAGUAUGUUUAAAUACUCAAAGUACACCAAACACCAAAAACAGCCUCACUACACCCACCAGAAACAGACACAUUUACACAAAUGCAAGACCACAAGCAACCUACACUCCCACACAUAACACCACAAGCUAAUAAAUCCAUAAACUCAAACACAACACACAACACAAAGCCACAACACCAAACUAAACCACAACAGCUCUCUUACACACAAGCCUUUGGUCACCAUAUACAACACUCAGUCUCCCCUACAGACAAAACACUAAACCAACACAAACAUACACACUACAUUCAGCCCCUAAACAACCAACACACUCUCAGCUGUCCCCACGCACAGAGCAGAACCCAGGGCUCUAGGUGGGGUGUUCAAUCUGGUAUCCUGUCUAGGACCAUGGACAAAUUUAAUCCAAAUGUAAUUAUAGAUAGCAUUUUAUUCUUUAUAACAUCUACAAAAAAUGUUGUGUGUUUUGUUUCCAGUGCUGUCAGUUGUUGCUGGAUCUACAAUACUCUUAACCAUAAUGGAUGGAGUCUCCAAACUGUUGUGGAUUUGGGAACCCGAUCUGACACGUCCAAACCUAACAACUCACCGGUGACCACUAUACUACCCAUCAUCAGGUACUGCAUCUAUGAGUGCUGCACGUUGGACAAAUAGAUUAGGAACAUAGGAAUACAUUUUUUAUACUGGUAAAGAUAUGUACUAUCACUGGUCAUCUAAAAUAACAAGGUCUAUAUGCUGAUGGACCCACAUCAACUCAAAGAUGACUUGUACUAGCUAUCCAUCUGUCAAAAUGAAGAGGUUCCUAGGCUGCCCUUAAAAAGAACAUUCAUUGAUUUAAUGUUGAGUUAUUAAAGCAAUCAGUGGACUAUAUCACAUGUAGUGAAAAUAUUGGGUAAAAUGUUUAUUUUGUUUUAGAGAGUAGGUAGAAUCUCAAGAUAUAAUGAUCCUUGAAUAUCACAAAACCUGUUCUGGGACUAAAACCAAUAUUUAUUUCGUAGCCAAAAAUGAGAUAACAGUGGCCCCAUGCCAAAACACUGAAAUGUGCCACCAACUUAGGUAUAUAAGAUCCUCAUUAAAUUCUCACCGAGGGCAAUGAAAUAAAAGGUAUACUACACACAGUAAACUUGUAACUGUAGCCAAACACACUCAUCACAGUAACAGAGCAAUCAACAUAUUUUGCAAAAAUAUAAAAAAUAUUCUUUUAUUUUUUUUUAAUUGUACAUUCACAAUGGAUGAUAAUGAAUUAAAGGUUAGUGUUUGAACAGACUGCGUUUAUUUUAAGGGUUCCUCAAAAUUGCCCAUCUUCCAUUAAUAUAUUGGCCCAUGAUCCCGAUGGAGACAUUGUGCGGUGCAGAUACGGCAAAAGAAACACUGGUGAAUGCGACCUUUGCCAGCAUCCGUAUUUCAACAUAGAUGAGGUAAGUGGCUGAUGCAUGCUUCCUCCAGUCCAUUCCGAUAAAUCUUACAUUUCUUACUUCCUCUGUUCAAGGAUUCAGAUGUGGUGACAUUCAUCUGAAAACAAUAGGUUUAAAGGAACACUCCACGCACAAUAAUCACUAUUGAGUUUUGUAGUGGUUAUGGUGCCAGUGAUCAAACAGUUAACUAAUUGACUAUUUACAGUGGGCGGUCAGCAGGACACUUACGUAUGUUGUAGUGGUUUUGUUGCUUGUCGUGGUGUCUGUGACUUUAAAAGAUUGGUUUUGAUUUCAGACUGAAAAUGGGAUUCUAAAAGAAAUCAGGGUCACAUCUAAAAAUAAUAUAGAAAGCAUACAAUAGUGAAUUACUGUUGAUAAAGAGGCCAGGUGCUAACACUCAAAAUCAAAAAUGUUCAAAAUAAAGCAGUUCUUCGAAUCUUGUGCCAAAAACGCUCAGAAAGAAAAUAUUCAGAAUUCAAAGGUUUCCAGGCAGUUGAAAUCUCGGGGGUCUCAGAAGUGUACCUCCCACCAUAUGGCGUCUCCACGUCUACGUAUAUUGCCGUAGGCUUCCUCAGGACGUCGGUGCAAAAACUCUGAGAGUUUUUGGCACAAGAUUCGUAGCACUGCUCUAAAGCACCAUGGGUUUGGGAAUCUACUUUUUCCUCCUGAAGGCAUUACAGACUUCGAAACCUGGCAGUGGCGAUUACCAAGUUCCGGUGAGAGUAGCAACUUAUAGCUUAGUGUACUCAUCAUUCUAUUAUCCAGUAAGGGGCCAUACUGGCCAUAAUAUCGCAUUUUAACUAUUAAAAGCUCAUUCUGCUGAUUAUUUUAUAAAUCAUGUAUGACUACAUUUUGAUGUUUAAUUGUAUUGAUGUCUUGAUAUAUUCUACCAUCUAUCUAUAUAUAUCACUGUGGUUAUGUACAGUCUUCUUAGAGUAUAUAUAUAAUUAUGGACAUUUAUUUAGAACAUCUUUGGUUUUGAGUAAUAGCACUUGAUCCUUUUUAUCAAUAGUACUUUGCAUUCUUGUAUGCAUUUUUAUUUUUAUAUGUGACCCUGAUUUUUGGUGAAGAUCAUCUGUGAUGAACUAAGGUAUGUAUUUUGUUCUCCAUUGUAGGUAUACUUAAUUUAUGUCCAUUUGCAUGUGUUUGGUGUGAGGGUCCAACAAAAAGGUGCGAAGCUGCCUAAAUACAUCCUAUAUUUUUUUUUAGGACUAUUUUAACUAUUAAGUUGUUAAGAUUGUUUUUGAAUCGUUUUUGCAUUUUUUUAUUCCUCCAUCUAUCUUUUUAGCGCUUUUGCAUAGUAUUAUUAGAAUGAAAUACUAGCUAACAAACUACAAAAAUAAUUCUUUUUGUUUUUUCCUACAUCAGGAAAACUGUAUUUUGUCCCUGUCCUCUGCAACUCCAAGGGGUAUCUAUGCGGUUGAGAUGGUAUUGCAAGAUUUUUCCACAAAAAACAUUAAUCUUAGAUACAGCGAUGGCUCGGUUGCUUAUAGAUACAGACCUUAUAUUCGCAAAAAGCGUGCUGUGUCAAAGAGUCCACGCUGGUGGUGGGGGCCAUCGACAUAUAAUGUAGAAUCUCAAAACACAGAGUUACAUUCAGACAUAACUGGAUCCCCUGAGCUGUAUCCAGAAAUAACUGAAAUCAUGGAGCUAAAUACAGAUGGAAUUAGAACCACAUAUGUAACUGGAAUCAUGGAGCUAUAUACACAUGGAAUUGGAACCACAGAUGUACCUGAAAUCAUGGAACCAACUAUAGUAGAAACUGAAACCACGAAGACAGCAUCAACUGCAGUAGAAACUGAAAUCCUGGAAUUAACUACAGUUGAACCUGAAACCUCCCGAGUAACAACAUCAAUCCAAAGAACAACUUAUGUUCCACAAACAGACUCUGGUAUCUUCGACCCAACAGUAACCAGUUUAAGUAAGAUACCUCUGCAAUUUAUGGUGGAAGGUAAGUACAAUUACAGUAAACAGACAUGAAGAAUGAUGUUUUAUUGGUUUGCUGUAGAUACAAACCUACAUAUAUUUAUACCACAGGCAGUGUUAGGCAGGAGAGACCACCAAUACCUACUGCAAUAGAGCAAUAAUUUAAAAAAGGCCAAACGGGUAUUGCAGUAAAAUCCACACAGAGAAAGUGAUACAGGGAGUCACGGAUGGAAAGAGUGUAAUACACUACCAGGGUGAAGGAACAAUUUGAACUUAAAACCAGUUUAUAUACUAGACCAGGGGUAGGCAACCUAUAUCUCCACAACAUCUGGAGUGCCAAAGGUUGUCCAUCCCUGACAACAAUUAGAUACAUCCAUAACGAUAUACAAAAUGAUAUAACAGAUGCCCACACCACUUUCUACUCCUUAGUUUAUCUUUCUGUCAGACUGCUCCCUUACCUCUCCCCCAGCGUUUUCCUUAAAUUUUCUUUCUAUCCCAGAUUUAACUUGUCAGCUCCGAUGUCCAGCACCUUUUUGCCAUGUUUUCUUGUCUCAUCCUAUUGCCAUGUUUUUUACUCAUUUUCUGCUCUCCACCUACAUUAUUUCCCGUGUCUAUAAAGUAGUCUGUAUUCCUUAAUCUCCUAAUCAUUUUUAUUACUCUCUCCAGGUCUCUUUGCCACCAGUCCCCUCUCCUCUUUAUAACCUGGUCAUUUUCACUCCCUCUCCCUCCAGCUCUUUUUCCUCUUAUUUUUUUUCUUUCUCCCUUCCUCUCGGUCUCUCGGUGACACUUUUUAAAUUUCAUUAACUCUGUUCUCUAUCUCUUCCUCUCUGUCCAUUAGUCCUUCUCAUUUCUGAGACCUUCCUAGUUACUCUUCCCUACUCUGUCUCAGAACCCCGCGGGCUCUAGUAGAGUGUCGAAGAUAGAUUAUGAAUUCUUCUACAAUUUCUCUGCACAAAGCAGAAGAACUGACGUGAGUUCAGCAGAGAAACUAAUUUCUUUGCUGGAUGAGUAGAGAGGAAAGUGAGAUGGUUUUAUUGUGAUAUGUUCUGUUUUGUAAUCCAAUAUAGCAUUUAUUUGAACUGUUAUCAUUCUUCGUGCCACCGGUUAAGCCCCUUAAUGCGUUAAGUUUAGUGUGACAUAUUCUACAUGAUUAAUUGUCUGUCUGUUCUUUGCCAGUGACUAGCUCAGUAGCUUUGUGUACGUAUGGAGUCUACAGACCAGAGUUUCUCCCUCCGACACCGAACAAUGGUGAAAUCCUUAAUGCCAGGGCAAGAACAUCAUUUCAGAUACACCUCGCAGCUCAAGCAACACACAGCAGGUACAGAUAUUAUCUGCCUAGAGUAACCUAGUAACUAUCUGCUUGGGAUUUGUAAUUGUGUAAAGAGCUCGGUCUGGCCACUUAAACAUUAUAGAGGUCGGCAUGAUUGGGAAAAAGGACCCCUAUAAAUACAUUGCCUGAAUGCAAAUCUAUCUGUGUAUAAAAUGACAGAAGACAAGCAAACAAGAUCCCAUAUAAAUGUGUUGUGUAACCAUAAAUAUGUACACUUAUACACAAGUAAAGAUUUCUUCCUGUCUAAUCUAUAUAUAUAGUACAAUAAAGUUUGUACAAAUAUUUUAUAACCCUUAAACAAAUGAUACCCCAUAUAAACAUCUUCUGCAAACUUGGGUGGCUAUGUACGACUUAGACAGCUGUACUUAGACAGCUGGGAAAAUCAGCCCCUCGGACACAUUGGGGACAUCAAAAGGAGCUUCUCCACUUUGUUCAAAAGGGGACAGCACCAUCAGUAUGGAAUCAAGAAACCCUUUGCUAAAUAUAAAUCAGUUUAAAUAUACUCAGGAGGAAACUAUACCUAUAAACUAGAUAACUCUACGCGUCAGGUGCCCAGUCUCGUAACUCUGCCGCUUAUCAAUACAAUUAUAAAACACAGUAGACACCUUAUAUUCUCUACCUUUUAACCUUUAUUAACUGUUUUUAGAACAUUUAUAACUAUCUAAUACUUUGAUGUCAGUUUAUUACCUGUUAAUAACGAGUUGCUUACUUGGCCACUUUGCUUUUAUCUAUGUAAUGUUUUGUUUAUUUUCUAUAUUUAGCAUAGCAGAUUUUAAGAUCAGUGGCCCCUACAACAUGACUAAAUAUACCGUCAAAAAGAAUGGAUCCAGCGCAACAAAGAUCAUAGAAUGGACACCAACGGACAAUGAUGUUGGAGACCAUGUUCCUUUCUGUUUUGUAGCAGAAACCAUCAAUGGGUCAGUAUUGUCUUCUCGUAUUGAACAGCUAAGAAAUAACAAAAUAUGUUCCUAUUCUCACCAGUCCUUUCUUUUUUUUUUUUUCACCAGAUACAAUUCAGAAUUAAGAUGCAUCAUUGUUAUCGUUGGACCUUACCGCCUUGGUAUGUUUUGCACUCUUUAAAAACAGUGAAAAUGACAUGAGUGAAAGAGGAUCAUGAGAAAUAAAGGCCUUAAUUCUUUAUAUUGUUAGUAGGCCAUAGCACCAUAGAUUUUAACUGACAAGUAUAUACGUUGGCCACCACAUUCUCUAGAAUGUUUGAGCCAUUUUGUUACAAAGGGCAACGUUGGUCCUGGUUUUAACUGCUGACUACAUUUACCAUGAUGAUCAGCUAGUCUAAAUGAGGGAGUGGGGAGAUGGAGGGAGGUUUUUAAUUUUUAUUUUUUAUUUUUAAAGAUAACUGAUAGCAAUGGAGGGAGAUGGGAGAGCGCACCCUUAGAGAGGGAGUAGGGAGGUGCGCUCUGCCUAUGAGAGAAGAUUUUCAUGUCUGUUGCCAGCAUGCAGUGGGGAGCAGAGUUCUCGGCGGCCAAUGUCACAUGUGCUGGGAGUAACUAGCCCCCAGCACAUAAUUAAAGGAACACUAUAGGGUCAGGAACACAAACAUCUUAAAAACACUAUAAAGCCUCCUUUGCCCCUGCUGCUGUUGGCUCUGCCCCUGAUCUUUCUCCUUGGCUAACAUAAUCAAAAGUGAGAAACAGAGAAACUAGUGGAAACACUGCACACACUGAUUCCUAUCACCACGACCACUUCAAAUCAUUUCAGUGGUCAUGGUGGUUGGAGUAACCCUUUAAUGCAGAUAUAUUAAUUCUGCAAUAUCAAUGUCGCCAAGGAGAUAACAGUCACUGGGUACUAGGAAAACCCUGGUUUGUGCCAGACUGUUCCUUAAUAGUUUGACUUAAAAAUCAGGGGAUUUCCAUUCUUCAACAGUCAAAGAACUUUUCGUGUAUCACCCAGCGACAUAAAAACUGUACCCAUCUAGAAACUAAAUAAAAAUUAAUCUGAUAACUCUACAAGCUUCAGUUGGCGAAGUUGAAAGAAGAUUUGUAAUAGUCAAGUGAUUGAGAUGACAAGCCUUUGGAGAUCCUAGCUUUAGAAACUUAAAUGCCUAAUACUGUAGGCUCGUUAAACAAAGGGCCUGAGAGGCUUGUCAUUGCAAAUUCUGUUAGUCCAUUAGAAAGGUAUUACAAUGGGAUAAUAAUAUAAUAGGAUAAUAUAUUGUUUUACAGCUACAUUUGUUGAUAUGCAUAUAUAUUUUAUCUCUGUCUUAUCAGUGACUACCAGCUUGAUAUGUAACGAAAACACCAUGACUCUGUUUAUUAAAAAGUCCUCGGUAAAUGGUCUGUACGAAAACCACCUGCGUCUGAAUGAUCCUCGAUGUCUGCUUACCUCCAAUAGUACGCACCACAUUGCAAGUGUGGGAUUUAACUCCUGCGGCACACAAAUCGAGGUAACAUUCUGCAACUAGAUAAAACAGUUCUUACUCUUGUCCCCCUCCUUUUAAUAAUAUUUGCACAUUUAAUAGGACACUCCGGACCCCUAAAGUCCUUUAGCUUGCUGAAAAGCUUCAGGUUUGAAGAGUGUGUCCCAUUGUUUUUAUUUUGUACAGAUAUCAAUAGAAAUUGGCACUUUUAUAAAUUAACGUUCUUACAUCCCCUGGCUGUCAAGCAGACAACAGGUCCUGUUACUUCCUGUUUUGGCUUAGUUGCACUGAACUUAAGAGGCACCAAUUGCCCAGAGCACCUGCCUUGCAAAUACUUCCCAUUGAGCUGCAUUGGGAAGUAUGUGAUUGGACAGCCACAGAAAGUCUGGGCAGAGUUAGAAUGGGAGGGCUUGCAAAGGUAGCAGACAAGAGAUAUUGGUGGCUGUUUUUAGAUAUAACACCAAUGGAAAAAUGCAUAAUUAAAUGCAGCAAGUUUUUAUUUUGGGUGUUCCUACUAAACAGUGACUUGGGCAGUGGAGUGUCCCUCUAAAUUUGUGAAUUAUGUAUCUGUGAGAGACACGUCAGGGAUGUAUAUAUCUUGAUUUACUAAGCAACUUAAAUAGAAAUAGUGCUGCUGAAUUUUAGUUAUGUCUGGAAGUCAAUUUAAAUAUCCAUGAUAUUUACUAAAAUAAGAUGGCCAGAGUUACUCACUAAAGUGAGAAUUGUUGGGAAUUUAAAGUGAAUUUCACAUUUAAGGCCAUAAUAGCCAAACUAGAAACAAAGCUGACCUGAGGCUUUUUUAAGUUUGUCUGCUUUUACCUUAACUUUGAAAUUCACAGUGAACUCCCAACAAUUCUCAUUUUACUAAAUAACCAUGAGAGAGUUAUAAAUAGUGAAUGUACAUCAGGAUUUGACAUUCCCAAUGCAUUGCUCUGGGUGUUAACUUCUAAAAGAAAACACACUGGGCAGUCCAUAUUCUUUCAGUAAAUUGAGUAUUGACUGGCAUUGCACGACAUAUGUUAAAGACGCCCUCUAUGGAACUCUAGAAUUCAAAACAUUCCAUUUGUGUCUUCUGUUACCAAAUUAGAAACUUUGGUAAAUUUUGCCUCCUGCAAAUAUAGAUUUUAGAAACAUGUACUAAAUAUUUAAUCUUUCCUUCUAUUUGGUUCUUUUAGGAAACAGAAGAUAGCAUUGUAUUUAAAAACCAAGUGACUUCAUUUGAUAAUAUCACGGCUGUCAUUACAAGGAAGCACCAGGUGAUAAUUCCCUUUAACUGCUCCUUUCCAAAAGAGAACCGCCUUUCUGUUUCAUUUCGUCCUCAAAAAGCUAUUUUUGAGUUCACGGAGGCAGGAUUUGGUAACUUCACCUACAAGUUCCAGUUCUACACGAGUGACCAGUUUACAACUGUACAAACACAAUCUCCGCUGGAGGUCUGGUUGAGAGAUAUGCUCUAUAUGGAGAUACAAGUAAUGUCUUCUGUAAACAAUAUCCAGUUGUUUGUGGAAUCCUGCAAGGCCACCCCGCAUGACAAUCCCAACGAUCCUGUGUUUUAUAACAUCAUAGAAAAUGGGUAUGUUAAUUUUUGUGUUUAUUAUUUAAUGGAUUUAUGGUCUGGUCUAAUUUUUGUGUAUUCAUUAGAAAACCCACCUGGUGUAGCCCUUUACGACAUAACUGACAUAAGGUUGUAGAGAACAUUAAUAAAAGAGUCAGGUAUGGUCCUUAUCUGUGCACACAAUCAAUUAACAGUUAAUAAUUGUCUGUGCUCAGGUCUAAUGACCUGUGAAGGAGAGGUAAAAAAUAUAAUAGUCCCAGUAGGGGGGCAGUGUUAUGUGUCUGGAGACAGUGUGCAGUGUAUGUAGAUUGUGUAAGUCAAGACCUACCUGUGUAUGAGUGAGUGACAUUGCAAAUCAAAGUCCAUAGCUAGCAGUGGUGUUUGCGUAUACAAAUAAUAUAUUAUCUAAUGGCGAUUAAUCUCCUUCUAGGUGUUUACAGGAUGAAACCUUGGUAGUUUACCCAGGUACAAGGACAAGGUCUAGAUUUGGAUUAGAGACAUUUACCUUCAUUGGGAAUUAUAAAGAGGUGAGUACCAUUAAUCUGUGAAUGGUCAUGCUAACCCUGAAGUCAGUUUAAAUACCCGUGAUAUUUACUAACAUUGCUCUCAAGCUGGCUUCUGACCAUAACUCAACUUGACUAGCAGAUAUAUUUCACUUUAGUUAGUGCUCUAAAGCAGUGCUCCUCAACCCUCUGCACAAGGCACACCUAACAGUCCAGGAUUUAGGGAUUACCCGGGUUUUUUAAACACCUUAGACACACCCGGGUAAUCCCUAAAUCCUGGACUGUUAGGUGUGCCUUGAGAAGAGGGUUGAGGAGCACUGCUCUAAAACACAAUACUAUGGAAUUAGCAGGUGUAAACCUGUCAAUCACAGCUGCAAACAGCAAUAUCUCCCGGGCCCUUUAUGGGGCCACAUAUCUGAUGUGUGACUGUCCCUUAUGUAAUAACUGGUCUCUACCCUAAAGACUUCCCGGGGGCCCUAAACUUUUUUUUUUAUUAUUAUUAUUUGUGUUUAUUGUUAUGGAGAGACCUGAUCGGCUCUCUUAUUACAUGCUCAGCAUAUAGAAAUUAUUCCCUUUCAGGACAAUAGGCAUAGCAUAGAAUUAUUGGCACACAAUAUUCCUCAUAUUGCCUUUGAAGGAUAGCUGUUUGAGAGCCAAUAGGUGCAAUUCUACGCUUUGUGAUCACUGACAAUCAUUGCUUACAAGCAUUGGCUUUAUCUUCAAUCACAAAGAAACAAAGCAAAUGUACAGAAAUUCAAAGGCGUGCACCGAAAGAGGUACACACAGCUUGCAAUUUGGUUACAAAGUACCUAGCCAUCACUGCAAUUAACAAAUACUCAUUUAACUUGCAGAUGCUGCAGGCUAAAACAGCUAUCAUUGAAUAAAAAGGGAUUUUAUAUUUUGUUUUCAUUGAAUAUCACCCAAAUAAAUUACAAAAUAAGCACUGAUAAAGCAUUUGUCUUUCUGUGAAGGUUUAUGUGAGCUGCACGGUCAUGCUAUGCAAGGUAGGGGACCCAAACACACGCUGCGCUCAGGGUUGUGUCACCAAGUCAUUGGCAGAAACCGACACAAGUCGCCGUAAGAGGUCACUAACAGCCGAGGCAACUGAGUCACUGCAGCACUUCAUUUCCCAGGGUCCUUUGCGUUUGAAGAGACAGUCACUCAACCAAGGUAAGGACAGGCUCACUGAAUGAGAUUUCUAGAACAGAGAUUAUUUCAGUACUGGUAAGCUUAAUUAGGGUCAACGGCAACAGAGGUUUAUGUGUCCCAAAGAAUUUCUGUGAGAGGAGGCAGUGAGAUCUGCACCUACAAAUGGCAUCGAUCUUACUGAUUUGUUCCACUAGACCACCAAGAAAAUCCCUAAAACUGACGUACAUCAGGAAAGCUAAGGAAAUGUAAGACAAAGAGAAACAUGGAGGUCCCUAGCAAGUAGUGAUUUAUUUUGGGAUGUUUCCUUAACAUUCCAACCAGUCUGAUGUCAGAGUGGUCAAACAAGUCGCCUUUGCAUUUAAUUAGUAACCCAGUAUACAAUGUAUGAGAACGCAGGCAAAAACUCGUAGCUUGGCCUUCAUUUAGACCCCACUCAGGCCUCAUUCAAGUUUUAGGUUGUGUUCCAUAAGUUUCUGUAUUACUUAAAAUCUGAACAAUUUGGCUUGAAAGAAGUAAAAUAUAGUCUUAAAAGCAAAAUGCAUUGUCGACUUUACGUUGGACACUUAGUGUUCCUAUAACAAAGUGUUCUUUAUCUUAUAGCAGAUUUUCCCAACAUGUUUAUAUAUCUCCCAGGAAACCGAUAAACGAAAUAUUACCUGGGCUUGUACCCUAAUUAUAUAUAAACAAAACAUCACCUGAGAUCCCUAGAGAGGGGGGGGGGGGUGUCUCGAGUCCUGGAAUUUAGAAAGUGAACUACUGGGAUGGAACUUAUAUAUAAAUAAUAAACUAUGAUAAAUAAAUUUAAAAAAAUUACAAAAUAAAAAAAAUCAUUAAUAUAUAAGUUCCAUCUAAGUAGUUCACUUUCUAAAUACCAGGACAACAAUAACCCGUUAUAAUUUUUGUCUUCUUGUAGCCUACUAUACACACUAGUAGAUAAAGCCACGUUUAUGUUUGACAUCUGUUCCUUUAUGUAAUAAUAUGUUAUUUCAUUCAUUUUAUUUCUAAUUAUAUAAUGACAUUAUUACAUAUUGUCUUCUGCAGAUUCCAAGGGGAAGGUAGCACUGAACAUUAACACUCUGAUUAUGUCCUUAUCUGGAGUCGCAGUUGUCGCCCUAGUUGUGACGACCACAUAUUUUAUUAAGAAGAAAGCCAGAACCAGCAAUUACCAGAGGCUCUCCACAGAGGAAUUGUGA